UGCAGGCGGAUAAUGAACAUGCGGUGAAGGAAAUCUUGCAACACGCGAAUCAUUUCCGCUUAUUUGAUACGGACGAGGGAGCAUUCACUUCCGAGCUAUGGAGCCUAACGGUGGGGUUACUGAAGGGUUUUGAUGAAAAUGUGUUGAGACAGUAUGUGAGUGAAGAGGAAAAGAAGGAAACUCAGUGAUUUGUGUGUUGUUUGUUUGUUUGUUUGAUAAGGACGAUGACCUCCGUUUAUCGGAAUUCCAGAAAUCGAGCGGUAAUCUGUGAUAGAAUCAGUCUUGUUUAAUAGUAAUAAGUGUUUUGCUAAAAGAAAUCUUCGAUGAGCCCGAAAAAGAAAUCGAAUAAAAAGUCAAAAUCAGCGGAAACUGGUAAACUUUCCAAUGGUGCUUCUCUCUCGGAUAGUAGCUUAUUUUUCAGUUUCUCUUAGAUAGAUGAGUAUUCUAAUAUAAUCAAGGCCGCGGUAGAUGCAGGAUUUUCGAACAAGGAAGCGUCAAUGGCGUAUGACAAAUUUCGAAAUGAGGGGAGAAUUACUGAGGACAUCGAAUUUACUACGAACAAACUCAUUUGCUAUUUAAAGGUAGAUCAUGAGUCACACUUCGAUCGUAGAACGAAAGGGACGCAAAACAGGUCGAAACUCCGAAGAUUGCUAUCGAUGAAAGCAUUCCCUCGCAAAAAGAAUUGGCUCGCAUUCUUGAUCUCCCCAAUCUCUCUUCUCUGAUCAGUGAAUUAACAUUGUGGUACAACAAAGCAUCUCCCAGCGAUGUUUGCUCACAUCUUCCCCAUUACAUGCAGCGAUCUCUUCUCUCCGCCCCCGUUCUCCACUCGCUUUACUUCCGCAUUCUCAGCCAAAAAGCUUGGAAUCUCAACUCCUCCACGCUCGCCUCCUUCUUCCGCGCCAUCUACAUCAUCCCUCUGGUUUCUCCAGUUUCCCCAUUUUACCAUAGCAACUCGCCACCCUUCUAUCGAAUUCGAUGGAGAAACUCUUCCACGCGGACGAUUCGCUCGCGCUCUCCCGCAGCGAACGUCUUUCCCUCUUCGAAGAACUUCUAUCGAACGUUUGCGGAGUUCCAAACGAAUUCUCCGCGCUCCGAAUCGCCAAUUCCCUUUCUCUUUUGGGUUUCCACGUUUCCACCAUUUGACAGCUAGACGAAGCGAAGCAGGAUGCGGCAAAAACCGCGGGAACGGACCCCAAAAGCCAGUUUAUUCGACGCGAUUCGCUGUACAAAGCGGUUCUUUUAGAAUUCGAUUUGGUUUCGCGUCUUUCCGAAUCGCAAACCGAAUCCCAGCCCCUCGAAUUCGUUUUCCACCCCAUCGACUUCGCGGCUUCGAUUCGAGUUCCAUCGGAUUCCGCGGUUAUCGAGGCGCGCCAGCGGGAAUUGGCGGAGCAAUUGGACAAAGCGCAGCGCGAGCAGUCGAAUUCGAUCGCUUCGCUACGCGCGGAAUGUGCGGCAUGCGAAGAAAAAAUCGCGGAACUCACCGCACGCCGCGACUCGCUGCGCCGCGAACUGGAGCGCACGGAAUCGGAGCUCACCGCGGUUCUUUCGCGGUUCGAAUCGGCGCAAUCGUCGGUUUCCUCGCUGGAACAAACGUCCCAGCGCGCCAUCGAGUCGCUCCAAAGCGACCUCCACGUUGCCCUUCUCUUCCUCCCUCACAGCCCAGGCCGUUUCUCUCCGCGCCGGGCGUUUCACCGCCUACGCGCGCAGCGGCGAUCGUCGAGGCGGCAGCGACGCAGGCGAAGCAGGCGACCCAGGCGACGGUCGAUCGACGCGCUGAGUGGCUGCGCAGCGUGUGGCAGUACGUCGAGAGCGAGAAGGCGUGCGUUUCCUUCCUGCAGUCGCGGUUAAAUCGCAAUGUGGACGAAGUCGACGCGUUGGCCGCCGAAUUGCAGAGAGAAACGCCCACAGAAGCGAAGCUGGCGCGCGUGGUGCAGCUGCGACGCGCGAUUGCGUCCGAUCGGGAGGCGUUGAAGACGUUGCGGACGUUUGCCGCGGGGAUUGAGCGGAGACUGGCGGAGAUGUUGGAUGGAGCCACGGCAGAGGCGCAGAAGGAGACUUUGGUUCCGAUUUAUGUGGCGUUCUUCGAAAUGGGAGUGCAGAAGACGAUUUCGAUAGAGGUUUACAAUGUUUUGGUGGAUGCAGUGAAUGCAGCGCUGCCGAAGCCUGAACCAAAGAAGAAGGAAGAAACAGAGAAGGUGGACGAUGAGCAAGAAGAAAAAGAAGAAGAAGAAACAGAACCGGAAGCAGGAGCAGAAACAGAAACAGAAAAGGGAGCAACAAAGGAAAAGGAAAGGGAACAAGGCAAAACAAAUGCAAAAGGAAGGAGAAGAGGAAAAGGGAAGAGAGGAAACAACAAAGAAAAGAAACAAACCGAAACAGGAAGGAAAUGGGGAGUUGUCAAGCAACAGGAAGUGAAGAGUGUUGAUGCGAUUCAAAAAGAAAUUCAGGCUUCAAGGCAGUAA